AUGCGGCGCAGGCGGAUCGUCAAGUGUGCCGGGUCGGCGGUCCAGGCCGCGAUGGCCGUGAUGUGCGUGAUCAACUUCGUGCUGACACCCUACUUCGAGUGCAUACUGGACGGGGACAGCUGCGACGAACACGUGAGCCUGAUGGCCGGCAUAUACGCGCGGUCGGUGAGCUUCACGUGUCUGGUGUCGGUGGCAUUCGCGUGGCGCAAGUAUCGCGGCACCAUGGCGACGUACGUGGAGCGCACCGAGCUGCACGACGCGUACACGGCGCCGGCCACAGGCGCGGACGCCGCCGCCGACGACCGACCGCGUUACGUCGGCCGCGCGACGUUCGACGGCGUCGUGUUGUACACGAACCUGUUGCUCAUCGUGCCCGUCAACGCGUUCCGCCUGUACCGGUUCGUGUCCGACAACCGGCCGGCGCCCGUGCUCGUGUACUUCAGCUUCAUGUACUCGCAGAACCUGUACGUGUGCCUGUACGAGACGCACUUCGCGCGGCUGUUGUACGUGCUGUACACGAGGUUCGCGGACCUCAACCGGCAGAUGGAGGUCAUCGGCGAGCGGAUCGUGGACGGCAGGCGCGCGCGCGAAGAUCCGCCGCCCGGCCGCGACGGCUGUUGGAUACCCUACGACGGAGACGACGACCGCCGGCCGCCCUACCACUACUACUCGGCGGCCACCGGACAGCCGCUAGUGGACGCGAUCGAACGGUUCCGGAUCAGGCACAGGCUGGUCCGAGAGGCCGUGAACGCGCUCAAGCCCACGUUCGCCGUGCCCAUUGGCCUGUCGCUGUGCAACCUGUGCGUGAUGGCGCUGUUCGACGUCUACUACCACCUGAAGAACUCGGUCUAUCAACCCGCCGGGGACAUGGCCACCGUGUACAUAUUCCUGUGGCUCUCCCAGUACAUGUUCCGGUUUUUCGUCGUCACCAUGACGGUGGACAUCACCAUGAAACAGGCACAAAGCUCGAAAGAAACAAUAACGGACAUAAGCAGAUAUUGUUUAGACAUCUGUACGAAGGAAGAGUUACAAAUAUUUUCAAAUCAAAUAUCUAGUACUGUAAUAGAAUUUUCGAUGUGUGAUCUCUUCUCUAUAAACGCUCGCCUCUUCACUUCUGCGGUGGGUGUCUGUAUUACGUAUUUAGUAAUAUUACUCCAGUUCAAAAUAAAGGUGGAUAAUGUGUAUUAGCAAACACGUUUAGAACUCUAAUCUCUAAUACGCUUAGAGGAUUUUUUGAAAUUAAUAAUAAUGCAUCACGCGUGUAAGUACAUAGACAGUAGGUAUAUAUCGUACAUUAUAUUUACACAUUGCCAACUAUAAUAUUUACAGUGGUGAAAUUUCUAGUUGAGUUUUCCGAUAUUUAAUCCGUGGACGAUAACAUCGUUUAACAUUUCCACUCAAUCGCUAAAUAAUAGUAAAUACUUGCACUAGACAUUGUGUCGAUCGGCAUAACUUCAGGGCAUGUCUGUGUACGAGAUAAAAUUAUUUUUAAACUAUUUCUUACAUGACUAACAUUUUAACUUUUAUAAGCAGUAAAA